AUGAAAGAUGAAAUGACUGAGAAAAGAAAACAACGAGUGAUAAGUGUUAGUGGAAGGAUGAUGUUUAUUGAAGGUCAAGUUGGAAUUGAUCGAAAACAUUAUAUGAUCGGAAUUCUCGGGAAUGGAAAUGAUGAAAAUUUUGAUAGUAAACGAAUACUUGAUUCAAUUGCUAAAUCAAGAAAAUUCAAAAGGAACAAACGAGGAAUUUUGAAUAAGCCAAGCUCAGAUAGAAUAUUUCAACCGAAGAAACCACUAAAACAACUAUUGAAAAAUACAAUCAAACAAAUGAGAAUUCAACAGGAUAUUAGUCGAAAAAAAGAAUUGCCACAGGAAUUGCCACAGCAACAAAUGUAA